CAGGUUCGCCUCGCAGAGGGUGACUUUGCUGGGCCACCGCCCGGGGCCCUUUGAGGCAGAAACGCCCCGAGGAGAUGCGGUGGCCGCCCCCGAGGAAGGAAUCCGUCGGUGGUCGCAAGUGAACCCAGAGGGGGAGCCGCGAGUACGAGCGAGCCAGCGAGGCUAUCGGGCGGACGGCGGGGAGCCCGGUUUUCUCCUUCCUGCCCUGGGCGCUGUUGAGCUGCCCUUCCUGGUUUGGGUCGGGGGGAACCCCUGGAAAUAUUGGGAUGCACCCCAAGCCUGAGCAACUUCCAGACGGAGCCAAAGGGGGUCCCCAUCUGUCCCGGGCUGCCCCAACCGCCAGAAGCUUCAUCCCGGAAUUAAAAGCCCAGGCAGCCUCCGCGGUGGCCUCUUCUCCUUGGGGUGGGAGAGUGCCCCCCCCCCGGAGCAGCGUCGCGGAGCUCCUAUCAGCCUCGCUCAGGUUCAGCCAUUUGCGCCGAGGGAAUCAAACCCCCCCACUCUCCCUGGAGGUCUCUACUAGGCACCCCGCCUAGGAUCCCGCUGCUGCGGUUUUGGAGUUUCUUGGGGUGGAUUUAAAGGGAGGGGGCGAAACACCCACUACUCUGCUGUCGGAGGGUGUAGAAACUCUGCCAAACGUUUCUGCAAAUAAGCACAUAAAACUAAACGUGUAAUUUCACAAGCAAGGCUCUCUCGCGCUCGCCCCCACCCCUCUGAACAAAGUCUCUAUUUGACUCUAGCAACCGUUUGGGUGAAUUUCCCACUCUUGGGGGAUUUUUUUUUUUUAAAAAAAAGCUCAUCCCACUUGCAAUGUAGAAUUUUGCUAUUAAUUGCAACCAAGCAAGCACCCAAGCAAUCCAUCCAUAAGAUCAAUUUUUAGAAAUGAUUAAAAAAAAUAGGGGAGAUGGCAUCCUUGGAAGACGCUCUCAUGCGUUCAGCGAAAUGAGGAAAUAUUAGUGAUGAUUCCCCAAAUCAAACCCAUUGUUCGUUUUCUUCUUUUCACUUCAUCUUUUUGGAACCCUGGUAAGAUGAGGCUGCCAUAUAAAUAUCCGUAUAAAAACAGGGAAGUGCAGCAUAAAUAAUUCAGAGAAAUCCAAGCCCUCCUGCUGCCAAAAUGGAUAUUUUCAAGCAAAUCUUGCCAGAAGUGAGGGGGAUUUUAUUAACUGCUUCGGCCCCAGAGGUUCAAGCCUUCCUGGACUCCAUGCUGAGGGAAGGAAUUCUAUCCAAGGAAUAUUAUCAGACCUUACUUUAUGAAAAAGAUGUGGAUGAUUUAGCAAGGAAGGUGGCUCUCACCCUGCUUGGAAAACAGGCUGGGCCAUCGAAUUCCACCUGCUUCUCUUCCUUACAGCUUUCUGGCAAUUCUAGAGAAAAUGCUAAGAAUGGGGCUGUCUCACUGAGGACUAGAAACUGGGCCGGGGAAUUCCUCCUAACUCCCAUGUUGGGAUUUUCCUACCGUUUACGGGCAGUCACCUGCAGCAAGACAAAAGGACUGGCAGCCUGGCCACUUUGCCCAGGCGCAUCCAGGAUGGCCCAUCAUCCGGAACUCGCCAUGCCAGCCUUUUCGCAGAAAGGACAGUUUGAAAGUUUCCUGCAAGAUGAUGUGAGCCCCGGAGGGAUCCCACCGGAGACCCACUGCCUGCAGAGCGAGACCCACCCAGCACCGGUGGACGAGAUGGCCAUGGCGCCUGCAGUUCAAGCAUCUGAGGUGGUCAGUGACGAUCAAGAGAACCCGGAGGUCUUUUACACGGUGGAAAGGGACGAGAGCGGAGAAGUCGUCUGCCUAUGCUCCGAUAUGGGGGAGGCCUAUGACAAAAUAGCUGCCCUGGCUGAAUAUUUGCUGAAAGACCAGAAAGAUGGCCCGGCGGAGGAGCAUUUUGAAAGCCUCUUUUGGGAUAUGGGGGCUGCAGAAGGGCCUGGGGGUUGCGCAGAGGCCAAAAGCUGGGGCCCAUCCUCGGACGCUCCCGAAGCCAAGCGCCAGAGGCUGGCUCACCCACCGGCUCUGUGCAUUGUGAGCGGGGACCCCCUCGCCAUCCCGCUGAACCCCAGCCAGGAUGGCACCGACUCUCCACCCGACUUCCACGUGCAAAUUUUGGUGGCCACGUUGGGCCCUGCGGGCAGAUCUCCAGAAGCGCUUGGGCCCUCUGCAAACGGGCAGCUCUGGUGCAUCCCACGCCAUGGGAGCAACAUCCAGAUGAUCUUCACCUUUGAAAAUGCCCAGCAACCCUGCUUGCCUCCGGAUGCACCAACCUCCCCAGGGUUGGUCCGGGCUUUCUGCAAAUCGCUGAAAGAGCAUUUCCGCAGAGAAUGCCAUUCGGGCCCUGGGCAGCCCCUGGAACACCUUUACCUGGAGAGGGACUUGGUGCAGCAUCACCUGGACGGCAGGGGCGGGAGGAGUGCGGACCUGAGGCGCUGCCACCUGGGAGAGAAGUGGGAGGCCUCCAUGGAUAGAAGCAGCUUGUUCCAGAUGACCUGGAAAAACGACCUCGGCAGCAGAGUCAUUGUGGUCUUGGGGAAGGCAGGCACGGGGAAAAGUCUUCUGCUCCAGAAGAUCUGCCUGGACUGGGCCGAUGGCCACAUGCCCCAGUUUGACUUUGUUUUCCUAUUUGACUGCCGGAGGCUGAGCCUGCUGCAUGGCACCUACCACGACUUCAGGUCCCUGCUCUCGGAUUCCCUGGGUGGCUCGUGCCAGGGCAUCCACGAAGUCUAUGCCAGCCUCUUGCAGAACCCAGAAAGGGUCCUCCUCCUUUUUGAUGGCAUGGAAGACCUGAAGGAUCCGGAGGGCUUCUCGUCCACUUCCGGGAGCCUGCCCUGCAGGGAAGCCCAAGGCCUUGGCGCCAUCUUGGCCUCCCUCUUCCAAAGGAAGAUGCUCAAAGGCUGCACUUUCUUACUGACUGGGCGGCCCAAAGAAAGGCUCCCCCAGUAUUUCCCUCGGGUGGACAUGGUCCUGGAGGUCGUGGGCCUCUCCCCGGAGCAGGGCUUGCUCUGUCUCACUCGCUCUUUUGAGGGCUCUUCCCACUGGGAGCAGGAGGCCAACCUGAUCAGGGCCUCGCCUUACCUAUUCAGCCAUUGUUGCAAUCCUGGCCUCUGUCGGUUCAUUUGCCAGGCUGUGUUUGAAAUAAGAGGUCAAGAGCUGCCCUCCACUCUCACCGGCCUCUUUGUCACAUACCUUCUCCAGAAGGUGGCAAGUUCGGCAGCAAGCAGCAGGGCCUCGAGGUACCAGGGCAUCACUGCCUUGGCUGAGGUCUCUUGGUCUCUUGGGCAGCGGUGCCAAAAGGCCCUCUUGAGCGAGCAGUUCCCUUCCGCAGAGGUAAAGGAGUUUGCUCUGAAAACUGAGCUCAUGGUGGAGCAGCGGGACGUAUACGUGUUCUCCAACUUUGUUGUCCAGAAUUUCUUGCUGGCUCUGCAUUUGACUUUUGCCAAAGAGAUCAAGGGCAAAAAACUCACCAAAUACCUUGGUUUGGGGGCCAGGUUCAGGAAAUGUCUCUCUUCGGGUGGCCUGGUGCCCCGUUUCUUGUCUGGGUUGCUGUUCUUAAAGGACGAGCUCAGCCGUUCCCUCCUUUUUGGUAAGGAAAGUGAGUUAGAUACGGAGAAGAUGAUUGCAAGGAAGCAGAGAUGCCUUUCCAGAUUCAUCCGGAAACUUUCCAUUCGGGAUUUCAGUCCAGACAAACUGUUGGAGCUGCUCCACUGCGUCCAUGAAACCGAAGAUCAAUACCUCUUGAACCAUUUGACCCUGGAGCUCGGGCCAGACCUCUCUUUCUUGGGCUUUUCACUCACCCCACCAGAUGUCAGCGUCCUGCACUCUGUGUUGAGAAGGUCCUCCAAGAAGUUCUCUUUAGACCUGAGGAAGAGUUGCAUUCACCUGGAUGGACUCAGGAAGCUGGUUGAUCUGAAGAACAUCACCAAGUUCAGGGUGUCCCUGGGGGAAGCUGUGGCGCUGUGGAAGCACCUGUGGGACGUCCGGGCGAGGGAAGCCCUGCAGACGGCCAUGGAGAAGUUCCUGGUGGUGCCCUUCAGGGCGAAGACGAUGGGGGACGUGGACGCCCUUCUCGGCCUGGUGCAGCUGCAGAGAGACAUGGCGGAAGGCAGGGAAGACUCUGCGGGUUCUAGCGGCCAUCUUAUUCCACCCAUCGCUGGGUUCCUGCAACUAGAAUUCAGCCUUGGGCCCAGCUCUGGCUUGGAGGGUUUCCGAAAGUUGGCGGAUUCUUUGGUUGCCUUCUCGGCUCUUCAGCACUUGGACUUGGAUUCCCCUGAUGAAAACGAAAUUGGAGAUGAAGGGGUGGAGCCCCUCACCCGCGUCCUCCCUCGCUUGGCGUCUCUGGAAACAUUGAACUUGUCCCGGAACAAGAUCACCGACCUGGGUGCUGAGCUGUUGGCUGGAGCCCUCCCCUCCCUACGUUUGCUGAAGACCCUCAGCUUGUACAAAAACAACAUUGGGGAUGCGGGUGCGGAGCACGUGGCAGAGGUGCUGCCCCAGAUGUGUGCGUUGCGGGUGCUGGACCUGCACUGCAACCGGAUGUCUGCCGCCGGAGCCCGGUGUCUGACGGAGCGUUUGAGGAGAUGCCCCUGCAUUCAGAGCUUGGCGUUGUGGAACCCAAUGAUCCCUCACGGGGUUCUGGAUCACCUGCAGCAGCUGGAUUCUCGGAUCAAGAGAUUUUAGGGGCAGCCCCUGUCCAGUCGCUUCGGACUCUGCAGUGGAGGAAAUUCUGCUGCUAAAUUAAAGCUGGGUGAUCCAUAAAGGCUGCUUCUUUUUCUCCAUCAACACAAUCACUGGAUCCCAUUUCUGAAAGAAUCCUCUCCAGGGCAGUUGGGCAUUAGGUCCCAAAUUUUGCAAAGUGUCGGGCAAAGGCAAGGGAAAUGUUUGUGUGUCUCUGCACACGGGUGGAUGCAUCUAAAGUUAUUUGACUUAGCAGAGAUAUCUAUGGAGAAUAAGCAACUGACUUUUCUAAAAACAAAAGAACAAUGCUGGUGCUUUCUGAAUAAACUCAGCUCCCUUUGGGAGCUGAUACCUUUCUGGAAUAUUUCUGCAUGAAUUCACGAUCAUCCCUUGCAGCUUGCUAAAACGUUUGGAGGAAUAAUGUAAUGAACACACAAGUAGGCAAUGCAGAACUGGAAUCCUGGGCCCACAAGGGUCAUGUUAAGCUUAGCAACUGUUGAGGGUGUGUAUGUGUGGGUGUGUAUUAGGGCCUAGCUUUUUUCUAGUGAUCAGAGCACAGGGCCUCUUAUGCGAGUGAGCUCUAAUGUAUAGUUUUCAUAUCCCUGAGAAACCGUCAAUAAAUCUUUUUCUAGAAGCGUC